UGCCAGCAUUGACGCUACGAGCGUGUGCGAGGAGUGAGCUAUGAGUGAGUGUCGAGCGCACCUGAAGAGCAGUGAAGACCCGCACUUGGCUCACAUGAGCGUCCAUCUUCAAAGUCAUGGCAACCCACAGCGUCAUCUCCAGAGAGGACCUCAUUUGUCCUCAGUGUACGGAAAUCUACUGCUACCCGGUUCUUCUCCAGUGCGGACAUAACGUUUGCAAACUUUGCCUGCAACAGUUCUGGGAAUGGAAAAAAUGUCAAGAGUGUCCGGUGUGUCAGGCCGUCUGCACUCCCAAAAGGCCUCCCAUCAAUUUGGCGCUGAAGAUCGCAGCGGAUCAGUACCACACGCAGAACGUGAGGGGAGACCGCUGCGUGCUUCACGAGGAGAAGCUGAGCAUUUAUUGUCAGAAUGACGAGGAGCCCAUUUGCCUGCUGUGCCAAAUGUCCAAACAGCACAAGAUCCACGAGUGCUGUCCGCUGGAUGAAGCCGCCAAGCAGAAGAAGGAAGAAAUAUCAGGCAAGCUGGAGUCUCUCAAGAAGACGCUGCGGACUCUGAACAAGACGAGAGAGAGCUGGGAAAGGACCAGAACAUUUAUACAGACGCAAGCGGACGAAAACAACCGAACUAUCAGGGAGGAGUUCCAAAAGUUGCACUUGUUCCUUUUCAAUGAGGAAGAGUCCAGACUCCAGGCGCUGGCACAGGAAGUGGAAGUGAAGGUCAAAGUGAUGAGCCUCAAGUUGGAUUCCAUUGAGAACCAGAUCAAGAGCCUGGCGGCGGUCAUCAGCUGCACAGAGACAAGACUGAAGGGACAGCAUUUAGCCUUCUUGUUGGAUUACAAAGACACCAAAAAGAAGCUCAAAUGCAAUAUCAGAGAACCGGAAAUCAUCCGAGACAUCUUGAUCAACUGCGCCGCGCAUCAGGCGUCACUUAAAUUUCGCGUAUGGAAGAAGAUGGAGGGCCUCGUGAAAUGUGCGCCCAUCGCCUUGGAUCCAAACACAGCCCAGGCCAACUUGGAGAUUUCCGAGGAGUUGACCUGCGUCCAGUACAGCAGUCAGCGGACGCUCCCGGACAAUCCGGAACGCUGCACGGGCGGGGUGUGCGUGCUGGGAGCCGGCGGCUUUGUGUCCGGGAAACAUAGCUGGACGGUGGAUGUGAGUCAGGGGAAAGACUGGUACAUCGGCGUGGUCCGAGAGUCCAUCCAAAGGAAGGGGGCCAUGUCUCUCAAGCCGUCCGAAGGGGUCUGGAUCAUCGGAGGGAUUAUAGGGGAGGUCCUGUGGGCUCAGACUUCGCCUCGCACCAAACUGGACUGGAAGUGUAAGGCCAACAGGAUUACGGUGGAGCUGGACUACGACAAAGGGAAGGUGGUGUUCAUCAACGCUGCGGAUGGAAAGAUUAUUUUCAUCUUUAAAGACAAGUUCACCGAGAGGAUCUUCCCCUAUUUCUCCACCGGGAUUCAUGACGAGGGCAGCGGAUCCUUCCCCCUCACCGUCUGUCCUCAGACCGUCAGACUGGCCAUCUUAGAUAAGUGAAGACAGUCUUCCCUCUGUACAUUCAUCCAGCCAUCCCUCCAUCAUCGCUUUUAAAUCAUCAUCAACCAUGUAUCCCUCUCUCCCUCCCUCCCUCCAUCCAUCAAUACAUCCAUAUAUCAAUCCAGCCAUCUGCCCAUCCAUGUCUGCUGAUCUGGAAUCCAUCCACUGAUCCAUCUAUCCAUACAGGCAAUUUGGAUUGGUCUAUCAGCCAACCAUGCAUGUUUUUGGGGAACAUGGAAAGAACCCAGAGGAAACCCACACAGCCACGGGGAGACUCCACACAUGAAAGCUGGAGUCGGGAUGGAACUCUGACCAUAUCUACAAGAUGCCGAUGAUUCCAAUUUCAUGUACAGCUCAUUACACAAGUGCUUUGCUCGUCAAACUUGGCUGAAACAAGUUCUGCUCUGCUCAACCAAUGGGAGGGAGGAUGGGAAAAAAUGAUGCGGCGGUUCAACCGCACGCACACAGACACUGCGCUGAAUGUGAAAAUACAAGUUGCAAAAGAAAAGCCUCCCUCAGCAUUGUCAGACCUGGAUUGCUGUCAACAGCUAUCACAAUGUUGUAAAUCAUGCCAGACUCGUUUCUUGGACGUGUCUAUUAGCAUGCUUGUGGUUUUGAUUCCCACUGUGGAGUGCAAUCAAAUACAUUAGCCAGCUAAAUGUUUUACAAUUCAAACGCGAGACAUUUUGGUUUUCGGAAAAAUAUACGCUCGUUAUAUGUUCACCAAUAAAAAUGGAUUUUGAAAUCAUGAA